UGAGGGUGUAGUCUGUUUUGGUGCGACACAAGCAAUGAAGGCGGUGGUGAUCACUAGACCAGGUGACCCAGAAGUGCUUCAGGUACGGGAUGUGGCAGAGCCAUUAAUUAAGGACCAUGAGGUCCUCAUAAAGGUUGCUGCCUCUGCUUUGAACCGUGCCGAUACCUUCCACCGCAAAGGCUUAUAUGAGCUUCCAAGCGGUGACGCCCCCUUUCUGGGUAUGGAAUGCUCUGGCACCAUUGAAGCCCUCGGUAAAAAUGUUACCCGCUGGAAAAUUGGUGACAAGGUAUGUGCUUUACUCCAUUGGGGAGGGUAUGCAGAGAAGGUAGCUGUUCCAGUAGAACAAGUUCUCCCUAUCCCACCUGGUGUCUCUUUGGAGGAUGCUGCUAGCCUGCCUGAGGUGGCAUGCACUGUUUGGUCAACGGUUUUUAUGACCAGUCGACUAUCAGCUGGGGAGACAUUCUUGGUUCAUGGGGGUUCCAGUGGAAUUGGUACAUUUGCUAUCCAAAUGGCUAAAUUUCAAGGAGCAAAAGUCUUCACUACGGCAGGAAAUGAAGAAAAACUAGUUGCUUGUAAAAAUCUCGGAGCAGAUGUUGUUAUCAAUUACAAGACAGAGGACUUCGUCGCUCGAAUAAAGGAAGAAACUGGCGGGAAAGGUGUUGAUGUCAUUCUGGAUCACAUGGGAGCAUCCUACCUGCAGCGAAACCUGGACAGCUUAAACUCUGAUGGAAGGCUUUUCCUUAUCAGCAUAAUGGGUGGGGCUGUAGGAGAAGUAAAUCUGAAUAGUUUGCUCACAAGGCGCCUCACAGUACAGGCUGCUCGCUUGAGAUUCAGAAGUCCGGAAAAGAAAGCAGAGAUUAUUAGAGAGGUGGAGAAAAAUGUGUGGCCUGCCAUUGCUUCAGGGAAGGUGAAGCCUGUUGUGUAUAGGUACUUCCCAUUAUCUGAAGCAUCAGAAGCUCAUCGACUCAUGGAAACCAGCAAGCAUAUUGGAAAGAUAUUGCUCCGACCAUGAAUUUGUUAAACAUAAAUGUUUGAGCUUAUGGUCCCUACUUGUCACAUAA